AUGCUUGAGCUCAGUGAGUCGCAAGAAGAGCUUGGGGCAUGCUCUGCCCGCAGACGCGACGCCAAGAUUGCACCAGCGACCGAGCUCGAGAACUUCUCUCGUUGA